GUGUUGAACAACACACGUGCGAUACAUAUGUCACGCUGACAAGAGUACAAAGUUAGAAAAAGUUAGAAACAUAAGCAGAGCACGGGAAACGCACUCGUUUCCCAUUUGUGUUGUAAGCUUCAAUAAAUUGACAUCUGAUUGAUCGUAAAUUAGUAACUAACCUUGGCAAGGCAAGCGAUUAAAUUCCAAAAUGAGUGACGACUACUUAAGGAAACCGUUUUCAUUAGCUCCCUCACCAGCCGUUGACGACACACAGACAACGGCAACAACCUACACACCGGCAGCGAGCACAUUCAGUAGUGCUCCCGUCUCGCCAUACCUCAACUAUGAUUCACGAUUCCUGCAACAGGCGCAACCAGAAUUUAUAUUUCCCGAGGGCGCCAACAAGCAGCGUGGACGCUUUGAGUUGGCCUUUUCACAAAUUGGCACAUCUGUGAUGAUUGGUGGUGGCAUUGGCGGUUUGGCGGGGGUCUACAAUGGCAUUAAAGUUACUAAUGCGCUCAAUCAGACGGGGAAGCUGCGUCGUACCCAAUUAAUCAAUCACGUCAUGAAACAGGGAUCCGGUACAGCGAAUACAUUAGGUACGUUGGCUGUGCUGUACUCGGCGUGUGGUGUGUUGCUGCAGUAUGUCCGGGAUCAGGAUGAUAAUAUAAACACCAUCAUAGCCGGUUCUGCCACAGGCCUGCUAUACAAAUCCACAGCUGGCCUGCGAAAGUGUGCAUUGGGUGGAGCUAUUGGAUUGGGCAUAUCAUCGCUCUAUUGCUUAUACCUGUUGGCGCAAGAAAGCAACAACACAAACUCAAGUCCAAAAUUCCUGUAGGCGAGAUGGCGGCGUAGUCCUUAGUAAAAGUGAAUAGCUAUAGCUGCCAACCUAACUGUGGCAUAUGGCGGAAAUAUGUACACAUGAGUGCUUGUGUAGGGAUCGCUUCGCAGCGCUUAACCGUCAAAUAUAGUUUGUUUUAUAUUAUAAAAGAAAUACACACACAUUACAUAUAUGUAUAUAUAUAUAAUAUAUACGUAUAUGUAUAUAUAUAUUUAGAUUUAUCUGGACACAAUAUAAGAAUUUCCUUUCUAGUUUCAAUGUUAAAAUCAACAUUUGGCACACCAAAAUUCUUGUUGCAGAUAACCAAAAAAAAAUCAUGUAAAUCAAAUCGAGCUAAUAAAGUGGUAUGCUUUAAUUGCAACUUGCCAUCAAAUGAAAA